AUGUUUAAGAAAAUCAACGCAGCUUUCCGUCAAAACCAUGGGCAUCGCGCGCGGGACGGGUUCAGGACCAAAGGGGACUACCACAGCGCGUGCACCGUCAAACUGGUCCGGAGCACGUCGAUGCUCGUGGUUGGAGAGAGCAGUCGCGUGCAUCAGGACUCCACACUGAAGCGGAGCGUGAGUGCCUCUAGUGUCGUGUCCAGUACGGCCCUGUACUACUACCAGAGCCGAGAGGACCGAAUAUGGCUUCUUUCCCAAAACCAGAACUGCUUGGAGUACUUACAGGAACUGGUUGCGCUCAGGCGUCAAUACACCAAGAGUAUCAGUGACCUCAAGAAUGGCGAACGGAAGGAGAGCACAUAUCGCAGGAAGAAACCCGCACCCCAGCCACCGCAAAAUAGAGUCACACAGAUUUCAAGGCCUGAACCUUCUGCACCACCUAUCCCAAAUGAGGAAGACACUCUCCAGUUCUUUGAUGCGGUCAUUGCAAGCUGUGACCCAGAGCCCAAACGAAAACUCCAUAUGGAUAAUGGGCAUGCUGAUGUUGACUUCAUAGUGGCAACUAGUACAUUUGAGCAUGACCUUCACUCUAACUGGGUGCUCCGGGACCCUCGUCGAAUCUCUAUGACAGAGUCAAAGCCCAAGUCGUCAGAUAUCAUCCCUGGGCAGGAAGCCCAGCGUAGUGUGGGCAUGGGGAGCACAGGUAGUAGAAGACGCCUGCAACAGAACCCUAUCCACCUGCCAAAAGUGGUGGAGAGUGCCUUUCAGACACUGCGCUUCAAACCUAAGCUAAAGAAGAAAGAAUAG